AUGUCGGAAAAUGAUCCAAAAGAAGAACAAAUAACAAAUGGAUUGAAUCAAGAAAUGAUAGGUACAUUAUCUGAUUUCUUCAUUAAUCCAGAGCUUAUUCAAUGGGAAGUUCAAAAUUACGAAAAUCUUCAAAUUGAAAACUCAAAAGUAUUUGUUUUAUCUAAUAUUUCAUAUUGGUAUGAAGACAAAUCAGAUUCCAUUAGUAUAGAAGUCAAUGAUUUAGUACAAAACUUCUUAUUCGAAAAGUUAAUUUCAAAUUAUUCAGCAAAUUCAGAAGUUAUCAAAGUUGCUAUAUCAAAAGCUCAAGCUAUGUUCAUCAUAUAUAACUACCCCACAAAUAUUCCUAACUUUUGGACAAAUUUAUUCGAAUUUGAAGAAGAAAUCAUCAAACACUUUUUAACUAGCUUUACAAAUGAGACGUCUAUCCUUUCAAUUAACAGAUUAGAGCCAUUUUCUAACAUUAAAAAUACAAUGCUGAACGAUGGAACAGCAAAUACAAUUUUAACAUACGCAUUCGACUUAUUGCAACGUGAUGCUCCAUCAGGAUUACAGAUACUUCAUAAAUUCAGCUAUUGGUGCGAUAUAAAUUACAUUUCUGACGAAACUGCGAUGAAUUUACUACAAUCAGCUCUUAUACAGCUUGAAACAGCUCCAACAGCACUUGAUGUCUUCGGAGUUGUCAUCCAGCGUUUGCAAGAAGGCGAAGCUCGAUCAGAUUUAAUUCAAAUGAUUUGCGACUCAGGAAAACUACUAAAUAUAGUUUCAGCCAAUCCUUCAGCUAUAGAUCUUCAUGGUGCUGUAGGCAGAAUGUUCUAUACCGUUGGAGUUUUGACAAAUGAUCCAUUAAUUUUCCAAUGUUCAGUACAAUUGCUAGAAUCAUCGAUUCCAGCCAUUUUAGCCGUUGUUCCAUUUAUUUGUACAUAUAUAAGCGAACAAGAAUCUUGUUUUACCAUUCAAGAAAUUAUUGAAGCAGCAUAUAACAGAAUUGUUUCAUUUUUCUCGGACUCAGACCUUACAUUAAGCUUAUACUACGAGUUGGACCAACAGCCAUCCGCUUUUGCUCGAAUAAUUGUCUCAUGUUGGGUUUGGAAUUCAGAUUCAACGUCAAAAGUGCUCGAAGACCUGAUGACUGAAGCUCCCAAUGACUUAUCAAAGAUAGCUGCACAAUGCCAUAUCAUGAGAUGCAUCAUGGAAGAGAAUUCGAGUAAUGCCCAAAAAUUUAUGAAAGAUACAGUGAUGGAUUCAAUAAUUAACAUCUUUUCUUACGUUACUCAGCCAUUUACACAACAGAUACUCGUUGCUUUCGAUGCUUUCAGCAGACUUUGCUUCGAUAAAAAUUAUCAUGUCACUUGCUUCCCAGAUAUUUACUUGCCACAUGAAUUGAAUGAUUUACUUGCGAUCAUAUUCGAUGAUUCCACAGACGAAAAGUCAAAAAUUAAGUUUUUGGACAUUUUUGAAAAAUUUUCGCAAAGUCAAUGCGGAAAAAUGCCAGUAGAUGACUCCAUUGUCAACACAUUGAUAUCUGCUGGUGACUUCCACUACGUUCGUGCAGGUGCGGCCCUUGCUUCUUGUAAUUCAGAAUAUUUCAAUAAUUCGAUCGCUCCGAUGUUGAAAGUUUUGGAAUCCAACCUCAACGAUGACAAGAAUACAAUCAAUUGCUUACUCGCGUUCCUCUCAAAUACGAGUACAAUCCAAAAUAAAACAAAUUUACAAAAUUAUUUCAACAUGGUCUAUGAAAAAGUGACAGAUAAUAGUGAAUCUCUUGGUUUAUUCUGUUUGGCAGUUGAUUCCGCGUACGGAGAUGAAGCUCCGAUGUAUUUGACAACUAUUAUCGAUAAUGUUAUUUAUCCUUACAGUUUAUCCUGUUUUACGAGGGUAAUUAGGAACCACAUUAAGAAGAGUACGAAGAUUAGUGACGAAAACGUUGAAUGGUUCAAUAAUUUAAUAAAUCAUGUUUUUAAUCAAACAGUUUCAUUGGUUUACAUCUGCCAAGGCCUUAAUAUUCAAAAUGACUAUGUAGACGAAUGCCUUAGGAACACUACAAUCCUCAUAAAAGAGCAUUUUAAUUUAAUUGAUAACGAAAUCAAAGGAAAUAUCUUUGAUUUUGCCCAGCAACAAUUCAGAAGGACAUUAGAUUCCAUUUGCGCGUACGAAUGUUCUAUGGCUCUUCUUUUUGAGUUCGCAACUUUCGAUAUAAAAUCCGUGGUCGACGUUGUUUCGCCUGCCCCGCAGAAUUUGUGCUUUGCGAUACAAUGGGAUAGCCUUUCACCGCAAUUAACAUCUACUUUCAAAGUUCUUAGAGCUUUAAUUAACAAAUUGACGACGAGAUGCCAAGAAUUCUCAGACAUUCUUGAAGAAACGUCGAAGAAUUUGGGACUUGAUAGCAAGGCAAUUAUAGAAUUCUUCAGAAGAGAGACAUUAAAAGAAAGAGCGAAAGAAAGCGACAGACUUUUCUUCCAGAAGCUUGUUUUGAUGAGAAUAUCUUCAGGAAUAUGA